AGCUACUAACUCCCAAGGUUGUGGGGCUGGGAUUAUUUUGUUAGUAAAUGCAGCCACUAAAUUUUAUGGGAUGAUAUUUGGUUUAAGAUUUGUUAUGGCUUUAUGGCAUUUUCCUAAAUCUAGUAGCACAACAUCUUAUCAGCGAAGGAUCAAAUAUGGAUGCAUUUCAAUUGACAUAGGAAAUUGUUUUUAAACCCAUUUCUCAACCAAAAAUGCAAAAUGUUGGACUUUAUUUCACAUUUGUCGUUUUUUCCCAUUUCUUUGAGGGAGCUUUCCUCUCUUCCAUAUAUAUGUAUGUGGUUUACACUUUCAUUCCGUUUCAAUUAACUGAAGAUCCCCAAAAGUAGAAACACACAAUUUAAUAAACACACUAAACCAUUAACCAUAACAUGCUUGAACCCCUUGACUUUGUCUCUUGUCUCCUUUACCUUCACUUUCACACCAAAACCCCACACAACAAUUCAUUCACUACCUUGCUAUGUUGAAUGAUCAAAGCACAUCAACACUAUCAUCGACAAGAAGAAACCAUGGCAGAGAGGAGCAAAAUAACAACAAUAUUAAUGAUCAAGGAGAAGAUGACCAAUAUAUCAGAGAAAUUCAUGCUUUAACCCCUCCUCUAACCACCACUACGGCCACCAUGACCGCUAACCUUCGCCGUAGAAUAAGAGAAGCUUGGGAGACACAAAGCCACCAGUCAUCAUCGUUGUCCACCAUGGCUAGCAUAGAAGGUGUUGCUGCAGGUUCGAGUGAGAACUUGAGCACCAUGAGCAGGGAAUUCAGCGCUCUCGUUCUUGCAGGAUCGAACAACAGCCCAAUGAAUGACCCUCCAAAUCAUGGCGGAACUGAAGGAAGCAGAAACUUGGAGAGGAUUCGAGAAGAUGAUAUUGACAAUCAAUUGAGGACGAUGAUGAUGGAGGAGACGAACCCUCUGGCAAUCGUGCCGGAUAACAACCCCUUAGACCCGGUGAUUGCUUCUUCGCCGACGAGGCAUGGUGGCGGUGGCGGCGGAGGAAUGAUGGUGGGUGGUGUUACGAUCAGUGGGCAGAGCGAAGUGUGGGUGCAGAGAGUGAAGAAGGAGGAGAUUGAAGCGAAGAUUGCCGCGUGGCAGAACGCUAAGGUUGCUAAGAUCAACAACAGAUUCAAGAGGGAAGAUUCUGUGAUCAGUGGGUGGGAGAAUGAGCAACUUCAGAAAACCACUUCAUGGAUGAACAAAGUUGAGAGGAAGCUGGAGGAGAAAAGAGCAAAAGCACUUGAAAAAAUGCAGAAUGAAGUAGCAAAAGCUCAUAGGAAAGCAGAGGAGAGAAGGGCAUCAGCAGAGGCUAAAAGGGGAACUAAAGUUGCUAGGGUUCUUGAGGUUGCAAGCCUUAUGAAAGCACUAGGAAGAACUCCUACCAAAAGAUCCUUCUUUUAAUUCAUCUCUAUAAAAUCUAUCUUAUGUUUUGAUCCACAUUCUUGGACAUCAAUGAUGUUAGGUUAAACAUAUUCUACAUUAAACAUUAUAUCGACUCACAUUUUCAUUUGUUAAUUACUCGAUAGAUUGCAAAUGAAGUUUACUCUUUAAUAUA